GGUGGUUGAAUUCUUCUUGGUGUGGAGUGAUUGACUAUGCUUGUGUGACCCUCUGCGAACCCCGCGUCUUGUCACCUCACUCAUUCCGUCCAGCAGGGCGCCUUUCUUACAAUUCAUCACCAAGAGUGUCAGUUUCAUCAAGGGUUUACCUGAAAUCGAUUAGUAUGGCAGCUUUCACACGCUUCAAGCUUGUCUUCUUCGUGCCACCUUCCUCAGUUGAACAAUGCAAGAGCGCGAUCUUCGCUGCAGGCGCUGGUCGCUACCCCGCCUACACUGAGUGUGCCUGGACCUCGCUAGGCACCGGACAGUUUCGUCCCGGUGAUAAUGCAAAUCCAAAUAUUGGGAAUGUUGGACAGCUUGAACACACAGAAGAGGUUCGAGUAGAGAUUCUGUGUCGUGGUGAAGAUGUUACGAAAAAGUCAGUUGAAGCAUUGAAAAAGGCUCAUCCUUACGAAGAACCCUCAUAUGAUGUAUACAGACUUGAGGACUUUUAGUGGAUUAUCUACUUGGCCGGCAUUGAAUUUGUGUUGGGGAAACGUGAACAUUGUGUUCUAGCGCAUGGUUGUGUUGGCUUAAAAAUUGCUUCUUUUCUACAGUGACUAUAUUGUGUAGUCGAGGUGAGCUGGCGGUCAGCGACGACCACAGCAUCACGUGUGAAUUGAGUAGUAGGUCGUAAUUAUCUGACGCUCAAAGGGAUAUCUACUUGUUUAAUUGCUCGAACACCUCCCCUAUGGUAUUGACAUUUCGUGGCCCAUAACUAACCCUUCAUGAAACCCAGUCUCAAUACUGAGGUCUAUGUUUUCUCUGGAAACACUAUCCAAUGCCCAAGUUAGGUAUGCCAGAGUAGUCAUAACGCUUCCUGGUGUGACUGUGUCUCCCGGGCACUUUCUACGACCGCUUCCAAGACAGUAGAGC